UUGUGCCAGCUACUAUUUUGAGCCACCUCUGAAAUUGCUUGGUGGAGAGGUAUACUCCCAAUAACCUACUUCUCUGAAUAUUCUAGAUUCUUUUCUGCAUUGUCUGUUGCUAAAGAGAAAAGCUAGUGCAGAGAAGUGACCUCAAUUCCAGCCAUGACAUCUCUAACCAACUCUCGCAAAUGUAGUCUGCCAGUGGCCACCUUGCUAUGGUUACUGCUCAGCGCCUCCUUAGCCACAAGGAUCCAAAGUUCUCCCAAUUCAAACUCAAAGGGCUGGCUCUUCAUUUCGGCGUUUUCGACGUUUCAUGGACUCCUUCUAUGUUCAAUUUGAAACAAGAUCCUCCCCUCGUCAUCGGCCUUCAAUUCAUGGAUAAAUGCAGGGUACGAAGCCAGUUCCCUGAUCCCGUCACAAACUUCAAAGACCCUUCCAUUUCCCCUCUCUACUUCAAUUUCUUUGACCUACCAGCCAAGACAAAGCAACCUCCGACCUUCUUCACCUAUGGAACAGAAGAUGUACUCUUCGACGACACGAUCUUCAUGAGCGCCAAAUGUCAGAUGGCUGGUGGGGAAGCCAUCGUCAAAAUCGCCCCCCGGCGCGCCGCAUGGUUAUUUCGAUAUGCCAAAGGGGAUGUACCCCGGCACAGAAGAAGUAAGGAAGGAGAUGUAUCAAUUUUUUAUGGAGAGGAUGUGAGUUAG